AUGGACGACGAGCCCCUUUUGGACCUGGAGGAUGUGUACAGGCCCUUUGAGGAUCCCAAGUUGCGGAGCUCGCUUGAGGCCGAGACUGCGACUGCUGAGGCCCAGAGGCACGCAGUGGCACCAUGGGAGCAGGAGGAGUUUGAUCCAGACAAGGUCGUGAACCUCUCAGAGACGAAGCCACUGCCGCCUCUCGCGCCCGAGCCGAGAGCACCAGCGGCUCCCUCACAGCCACAGGCGCCACAGCCAACGGCUCAUCCGAUGCAGCGCAUCCCGGCCAAUGCUACAGCCUUCGGCUCUGACGACUUGUUCGGGCCCGCCAGACAGGAGGAGUCUACAAUGGACGCGGUUUACAACUUUCCGGGUAAGGUGAGGCAACAUGUCCUAGCGGACUGUAUGGGAGUGGUCCCCAGUGAGCCCGAGGUGCGCAUUGACCCCGCGGAAGCCGGGGUAGCGGUGCCCUCACAAGAGGAGGCCGUGACCAUCAACCGAGCCAUUGAGGGACGAUGGGUCCCGACAUACAUGCGGCAGCAGCUGGUGGCAGGAGGUCACACAUCGAUGCCGUCGGCCCCCAACGGCCACGAGUAUGCGGCAACGGCCCAGCCACCGUCCUUGGGGCAGGCCUUCGCUGAUGUUGGCACAGAUCUUGGAGAGAGUGCACAGUACUUCAUGGAGUUUAUGGCCGCUUUUUUCACCAGUCUUUCCUUCCAGUGCCAGGCAUGUGGGCAGCAAACGGUGUCCACAGCGCACGAGCAGGUGAUGACCUGUGGGGACUGGUGUGUUGGGGCGGAAGACGACCCGGAGGGCCCCGUCGUAAUUCCUGUUACUGAUCAGGUGGCUUUGGGGGGACAUAAUGUCAUCCCCCCGGUAGCCCAGAAUGUGCAUGCCUGA